GAUCGAUCUCAUAUCGGCCAAUCUUCUCUGGAAUCCCGCCUUCGAGUCUCCCCAUCUCGUCCAAGACCUCAAUGGGUGACGGUCGAGCAUCAGAAAGGAUCCACAGUGCGUCUUGUAUGGCACGGAAACGCGUGUCGAAUGUGUCUUGCGCGGUCGUUUCGCGCUGUUGGGGCAUCUCUGCCGUUUUUUGUUCUGUUCUCAGGUGCGCCGCACCGGAUGUAGAGCCGUUGCACUUGUCUGCAAUCGCUGUGCGGCUUUCUGGUGCCACUCCCGAGUUCUUGCCUUCACGCCUGCUUGCAGGUCGCGGCAGGUCUGAUGCGUGCAUGCUAAACGAAGGCUCUGUUCUUUAUUAUUAUCCUAUGAAGGGGAACUGCAGCAGUAUCACGUCAGUACUUACUCGAGCGGCGACUACGAGAGAACAACAACUGCCACCACUGAAGAAGUACGAUAUGCAAAGAAGAGGCGGUCUAAGCCUAGAACUGGCUGGCGUAGGUAUUGCCACUUACCUCGUUGCUCUAUUUUGGCGCUUUUUGGGUCUAUCGUCGAGUGUUCAACGAGAAGAAAGGUACAUGCCACGGGAUCUGCCGGGUUGUGGCUUGGGCUAAGGCUUCUCGUCUUGCUCACGCUCAAUCUGACUAUAUACUUAGCUGCCAUCCUUAGGUAGACACUCUCUAUUACCUUCCGGUGUGUAUGAUAUCCAUACGAACUCUGUUUGCGAUUUCAUGACGAGUACUCCGAGUCGCUACAACAUCGGUACGGCACAAAUGGCAU